AUGGACAUGAAGACUUGCAUGGAGUGGAAAGAUACAGAAAUUCAGCAGCUGACAAAGUUGGUCAUCAACUUGGAAUGUGAAAAAACAAUACUUCAAGACCUUUUUGACGAUCAGUCCGUCCACAUCAUCACUCAACUCAUAAAGAAGAAGGUAAGGAAAGAACACAGGUUGGACGAGUUUGAAUACCCCAACCUGCCUGGUCAGAAGAAAGGGAAAGAGGGAGCCCAACAGAAAUCACAUGCAGUCCAAAUUGCACAAGAUUUAGACAAGCAACCACCAAAAAAGCAGCCAACAAAGUCCAAGAAGUUAUCCUUGAACAACAAACUAAAGGUCUGGGCUAACAUGAACAAACUCAACAAGCAAAAAGUCCAAAAUUUGCACAAGAACGGCGGUGCUGAGUUGCUAGUGUGGCGAGGGGACUCAAAGACUAAAGAUGUGUAUUUUGAUGACAUCAUGCACAUCAUCAAGGAAGAAUCAAUAACCAACAACGUGAUAGAUGCUUAUGGUAAAAUUCUACUUGAACUACAAGGGCUAGUCAACCCAAGUUUGGAAGAUUCAUCAUUCAUCUUUACAAACACAUGUUUGGUAACCACUAGACUUUAAUUUUGAUUAUGUUUCAAUACAUGUGAAUGUUCUUCUCAGCAUUAUAUGCUUAUAUUGUUAACUUAAAUAAUAGGCAGAUGUGAAUGUUAACAACAACAUAAAAUGACCUUUGAGAAGAUUCACAUUGACAAAUGUGAACAUUAACAUCAUUCGCAUUGAAGAUUAUAUGCUUAUUAUGUUGUUAAACUUAAAUGAUACACACAUGUGAACAUUCACAUCAGUAGUAUCACUCACAUUAACAGAUGUGAACAUUCACAUCAGUAACAUCACUCACCAUUAGCAAAUGGGAACAU